GCCCAGCGCCCUCUGCCCGCGGCGGUGGAUGGCAUGAUGGUGCGGGGAAGGCACCGCGUCCCGGGCCAGCACAGUCGCGACGGCCGCCGGGGCGGCGGUGGUGGUAGCGGGCUCCCCAGCGGCAUGCCAGUGCCCCCCGGGCGCGAUGGCUAGCGGCAGCGCGGGGAAGCCCACUGGCGAGGCGGCUUCUCCGGCUCCUGCGAGCGCCGUCGGCGGGGCCGGCUCGCAGCCGCGGAAGAGGCUGGUGUCCGUGUGCGACCACUGCAAGGCCAAGAUGCAGCUGGUGGCCGACCUGCUGCUGCUGUCCAGCGAGGCGAGGCCCGUGCUCUUCGAGGGCGCCGCCGCCGCGGGCGCGGGCGCCGAGUCCUUCGAGCAGUGCCGGGACACCAUCAUCGCGCGCACCAAGGGGCUCUCCAUCCUCACGCACGACGUGCAGAGCCAGCUCAACAUGGGCCGCUUCGGGGAGGCGGGGGACAGCCUGGCGGAGCUGGGCGACCUGGUGGUGUCGCUGACCGAGUGCUCGGCGCACGCGGCCUACCUGGCGGCCGUGGCCACGCCGGGCGCGCAGCCCGCGCAGCCGGGCCUGGUGGACCGCUACCGCGUGACUCGCUGCCGGCACGAGGUGGAACAGGGCUGCGCCGUGCUGCGCGCCACGCCGCUGGCCGACCUGACGCCGCAGCUGCUGCUGGAGGUGUCGCAGGGCCUGUCGCGCAACCUCAAGUUCCUGACGGACGCGUGCGCCCUGGCCAGCGACCGGUCGCGGGACCGCUUCUCGCGCGAGCAGUUCAAGCUGGGCGUCAAGUGCAUGAGCACGAGCGCGUCGGCGCUGCUGGCCUGCGUGCGCGAGGUGAAGGCGGCGCCCAGCGAGCUGGCGCGCGGCCGCUGCGCGCUCUUCAGCGGGCCGCUGGUGCAGGCGGUGGGCGCGCUCGUGGGCUUCGCCACCGAGCCGCAGUUCCUGGGCCGCGCGGCCGCCGUGAGCGCCGAGGGCAAGGCGGCGCAGACGGCCAUCCUGGGCGGCGCCAUGAGCGUGGUGUCGGCCUGCGUGCUCCUGACCCAGUGCCUCAGGGACCUGGCGCAGCACCCCGACGGGGGCGCCAGGACGUCGGACCACAGGGAGCGGCUGCGGAGCUCGGCCUGCGCCGUGUCCGAGGGCUGCACCCUGCUAUCUCAGGCUUUACGGGAGAGGUCUUCGCCCCGGACUUUACCGCCAGUGAAUUCCAAUUCUGUGAAUUAGCGCCCCGAGCCCCUCUCUCCACGCAGGCCAAGGGAAGUCCCUCUCUCUCCGCCCCUCUCCGUUUAUACCAAAGAGCUCACAGGUGAAGCCCGCGCCUCCGCCCGCCCGGCGUGCACGCUCCAGAGGAGGCCUGGGGAGACAGGGCUGUGCGCACGGGUGACGCGGGGCUGAGCGCACAGGUGACGCGGGGCUGAGCGCACGGGUGACGCGGGGCUGAGCGCACAGGUGACAGGUGACGCGCCCGAGGGCCCAGGUGGCCGCCAGCCCCGCAGCCAGCCGGGACUGGGAGGUGGAAGGUGUGUGAUCUGCUGGCUGCGGGGUGACUCCCGCCCCUACCCCAGCCCAUCUUCCCGAAUUUCUCAACUAAAUUUUAUUAUCAAUUAGGCAGGAAGGAGGUCAUGGGUUCAUUUCUUUUUUUGGUUUUGUUUCUGUCUUCUUUUAAUGAAAAGAAAGGUUACCUCAGUUUUCACUCCUUAGACAUGGAUGUAGCUACCUUUUUUUUGUAUGUCGUUAUUAUUUUUUUUUUUAAGCGACUGUGUUGAAUUAGGAGUAUCCUUGGUGUGGGAAGAGUAUGACGUUGCCAUGUGAUUUGCAAUUGGGGGGAAGCUACUGUGAGCGUGUGUUUUAUUUUUUAAUUUACACUAUAGAGCGGUUUUUUUUUUCCCUCCCCCAACGUCAAGUUUUUACCUUGCAUGUACUGGAGUAUUUAUUUCAUCUAUUAAAAUGUUAUGUUUCUCAGA